UCGGAUAUUGCUGCUCAACUGCUCCACGUUUCCCGCACAAAUUCAUAAAGGGCGAUGUGCCCAGAGAAAUCCGCCUACCACAUCUGGAGCAAAUCCUCCUCUUAAAACGGACACGACCAUCGACACUCGACACGUUAAGUUACUUAUUCGUGGCUCUAAACGGUGGAUCUGGUCGUUUAUCAUAAGGAAAGCGAACGAAAGCGACGCGUUUCAGUCCCAUGUUGUCGCCGAAUCAGGACGAACAUGCCCGCUCUAAAGAUCCGGUGAAAUACGGCGAACUGGUGAUACUCGGGUACAAUGGCUCCCUUCCUGGAGGAGAUAAAGGUCGGAAGAGGAGUCGUUUUGCUCUGUACAGGAGAGCAAAGGCUAAUGGUGUCAAACCAAGCACUGUGCACAUCCUCAGUAACCCUCAAGACAGCAAGGCUGUUAACAGUAGGGGUCAGCACAGUAUCUCCUUCACCCUCUCUAGGAAUCAGACUGUGGUGGUGGAAUACUGCCAUGACAACGACACAGAUAUGUUCCAGAUUGGCCGCUCAACUGAAAGCCCCAUAGACUUUGUGGUGACUGAUACGCCAGGUGGAUCGAAAGAAAGUGAAGACUCUUCUGUUGCCCCAAGCACCAUCUCACGCUUUGCCUGCAGGGUGGUCUGUGAACGGAACCCCCCCUACACUGCCCGUAUUUAUGCAGCUGGCUUCGACUCUUCUAAAAACAUUUUCCUUGGGGAAAAAGCCACCAAAUGGAAGAACACAGAUGGUCAGAUGGAUGGGCUUACCACCAAUGGAGUGCUGGUGAUGCAUCCACAGGGUUUCCCAGAAGAGUCAAAGCAGGGCAUGUGGAGGGAGAUUUCUGUCUGUGGAGAUGUCUACACUCUGAGAGAGACCAGAUCCGGCCCCAUUCGUGGACAACUGGCCCAGGGUGAGAGCAGUGCCCUGCAGGAUGGCUCUUUGGUGGACCUGUGUGGGGCCACCUUGCUGUGGCGCACUGCUGAAGGCCUACUCAAAGCACCCACCUUGCGCCACCUGGAUGCCCUGCGUCUAGAGCUGAACGCGGCCCGGCCGCAGUGCCCUGUGGGCCUGAGCACCCUGGCCUUCCCCAGCCUGCCUCGCAGCCACAGCCUGGAGGAGCGCCAGCCCUGGGCCUACCUCGCUUGCGGCCACGUCCAUGGCAGGCACGACUGGGGCCAGAGGCCCGAACGCACCCGCGACCGGGAGGAAGGGGCAAGUGGGGGCACGGGCGGGCGGCGGGAGUGCCCCCUGUGCCGAACAGUGGGGCCUUACGUGCCCCUGUGGCUUGGCUGCGAACCGGCUUUUUACAUGGACGCUGGUGCCCCCACUCAUGCUUUCGUGCCCUGUGGCCAUGUGUGCUCGGAGAGGACGGCCCGGUACUGGGCCGAGACACCCCUGCCCCAUGGGACCCACGCCUUCCGCCCCGCUUGCCCCUUCUGCUCCGCACCAUUGUCGGGCAGCCCCGGCUUCACUCGCCUCAUCUUCCAGGGGCCCAUAGAUUGAUGAGGUGGCCACAAGAGGGUAGAAAGCAGGACAGGAGUGCUAUGGAGACCAGUGCCUAUCUCACGACUGUGUUCAUACUGUAGAUAGACAUGCUGUAAUUUACAUGCAAAUCUGCCAUAGCUUCUUUAGAGUAUGUGCACACUUAACUUUGUAUGUGGUUUCUACCUCUGAAUACUGUCCUGAGUUAGCCUGGUCCAAAUCUUGUAAAGGUUUGCCCCAUUUUCCUUCUUGGAUUCAGUUUGGCACUGACCGAAUAGUAAUCCUUUGCUCAAGCCAUAUUAACAUAUUCUGAUGAGCUGCAAGGGCAGUGGUUCAUGUUUAGUGAUAUUUGAAGUGGACGCAGAGGUUGAUUAAAAAAACUUUAGAAGUGCUCAAAGCACUCGAGAUUGCCACUGACAGUUUUAUUAUUGACUGUACACUAUGUCCAAAAGUAUCCAGACACCCUUUCUAAUUAGUGAAUUGAGUUUCUUUAAGGUGCACUCUUAGCUGACACAAGUGUCUAGUUGUUCACAAAGAGCUUGUACAGUUUCCAUGAAAAAGCAUUGUUAAUAGAAUGGGAUGCUCUGGAGCAAGUGCCCAUGAGCCUAAGGUCUAUGUAUGUAUACCAAUUACCAGGUUAUACCAAUGGGUAUAACCGUCCAGGUUGAGGCCAUGGAGCAGUACAUCUGUGUUCUCUGGAGUGAUGGAGCUCAAUCCAAUACCUUUGGGAUGAGUUGGAGUGGAAUUUUUGAUCCAGUACUAAUCAUCCAACAUCAGUUCCUGCCUCACUAUUGCUGGUGUGUACUUUUGGACGUAGUGUUUUUUUUUUGUUUUUUUUUUUUUUUUUUUUUUUUUGCGAUUGGUUCAUCAAGAGCUAGAUUUACCAACAUACUCAUUGAUAUCACCCAUGUAGCCUAUUCUGACAGUGCCAGAAGGAAUCUGUGGAGCAGAAUGAAAGUGAAAGUACCUCUUGAGUCCAGAAUUACCAUAUGAUACCUAACUUUCUCCAAAUGCUUAUUCAGUAACUGGUGAGUCCACUCACAUCUUCUCUUUGUUUUGUGUCUUAGUUUUAUCAGAAGUCUCAAGACAUGAAAUCAGAAGCUAUGCUGCAGAAACAUGAUCAAUCACUGAACAAAAGAAUAUUGUCAUUCUCCACUAUAUAAUGCAAAACAAUUUUGGAGCAUUUCUAUUGGUCCAUCCAUGAUGGAAUUUACACAAAUCAAAAUUGUGUUCAAACUUAUGUAGAAAAAUAACAAAGGGAAAAAAGGACAUUGACUAUGUGGGUAUUCAUAGGAAAUUACUCUGUAGAUCUAUCAUCUUUCCUUUAAUCUGUGGAGUCAAAGUCCAUUGUUGAACUCCCUCUUUUUACCAAUCUAUGGCCACUAAACCUUUCUCAGUACAUACUUGUGAUUUCAUCUCACUCUGCACACUAGACAAGAUAACCCCCGAUUCAACACUCAUCUUAAGCAAUAAGCAUUACUAGAAUUAAGCUGUAGCUCAACUGAGAGAUGCAAUGACUCAAGUGUGUACUACCUGAUUCUAGCUUAAACAUGGCUGAACUCGGCUUUGGGUCGAAGGGCUUUGCCAAGUCGUGAGCAAUGUAGCCCUUGUGAUUUUCUUUUUUUUUUUUUCUUCUUUUUUUUAUUUAAAUUUUUUUAGAUUGUUCUUUGUAUUAUUAUGAUUGUUUUAGCAUUUAAAUGAGAAUAGAAGUUGUAGCUGCAGUAUAUUCAGUAGUUGUUUGAAAAAGUCAAGAUGUCAUAUUUUUCUACAUGAUUGUGUUACUAAACUUUGACCGAAGGUCAGAUUUUUUUAUAUACAACUGUUUCACAUAUAGCAGUAUAUUUACUAUAUAUAUAAAUAUAUAUAAAUAUUAUUUUAAUGUACAAAUAUGAUUUGAAUCCUGGAGAGUUCACAGCUGAUGUAAGUAGGCUUCACUGUGUCAUGCUCUAAAAAUGGCAUAGGAAUCCCAUAAAUGAAUACAAUGACUAGUAUAAUGAAUGUACUAUUCCAGUGCUUAGUUAAUAUCUCUGCUCUCCCUGGUGCUAUCAUUGAUCUUAAAUGAGUCGUAUAUAUUUUUAUCUAAACUUCACUGCACUCCUUGAUAGUAUUUGAUUGUUUUGGUUACCUUAAAGCUGGAAAAAAAAACACAUUCACCCACUAAAUCACCUGUACAAAUGCAGGCCUUGCACUGUGCAUCUCUGUUUUUUCCUAGAUAAGCUGAUCAAAUGAGAAAGCUUUUUUAAUUACAGGGUGUAAAGAUAGAUAAGCUCUCCUUUACCUCACACGCAAGAGAAGAGACCUCAAUUUAACAUAUUUUUAUAUUAACAGAAAGGUAACAUUUCAUUUUUCACAUUUUCCUGCUUGUUGUCAUGACACAUGUCACAUCUGCUAAAUUUGCUCCUGUAUUGUUUAUCAGGGCUUACAUGUUCUUUGAUAUUUGAUGCAUUGUGCCAAUAAGAGUAUGCAUUUACUAUUACUCCUGAGUUAUUCUGCCACUGUAGGCCACUAAAAAUUGGCUCGAACUGAAACUGGUUCUGCUUAUCUUCUUUCCACCCAGUUAACACAUUCCUUAGUUUUAUGUCUGAGACUAUGACCAACUUCAAAAGUGUUGGUUGUAGCAAUUUCAGUCUGUUGCAACUGUAGACAUGGGCUACGUUCACAUUACCAGACCAAAGCAGCUGAAAUCCAUUUUUACUGCCUCAGUGUAACAUGGGUGUGGUAUUUUCAGAGCUGUGUGAAUGCAAAAAUCUGAUUGUUGCAAUCCAGAUCAGAGCCACUUUCAUAACGAUUCUAGACCGAAAACGCAUCUGACUCAAGACCAUGCGACCAUAAUAGGAAAGAUCAGAUUGGACUUUGUGUUUUUGUAUGUGCACAUUACUGUUAUCAUCCAGUGUUAGUGCUGCAACAGCACAUAGCUUGAAGUUAGUGCUGGUAAUGGCUCUUAAAGCAAUACAUGUGGCACUUUUUUGGCCUUUUUCACCUUAAUUAUGAACAGCAAACUAGCUUUUCAGAGCGAAUAGGUUUUGUGUUGAAGGCUUGUACUGCUAGUUCUUUCAUUUGUUGUUGUUUAUGAUUUGUUGUAAACAUGACAGUGGUCUUACAGCAGUCUCUAAAGUGAGGUUUUUUUGUCUAAAGAUGAAGAAGACCCUGUGAUGUAUCUUGAAGGUGGAAGUGUAUCUUGACAGACUACAAGUGCUGUGGUGUGGAUAUUUGAAUGAUUCCUUUACCCUACUUUUACCAACCAAGUUAAUUUACAUUUAACAACUGUGUUAACAACCAAAUUUAGUGCUGUGUCACGUGAGCGGCGUAGAGAUUCCCAAAAAUUUGUAUGAUGCCAUUACAUUAUGCAACGAAUGUUGGAUAUUAAGUGAGUGAGUAAUAGACAAAAACACAAUAAAUGAAUGAAUUCUGUCAAUCGGAUGAGGCUGAGAAGUACAAUUCUGUGCUACAGAAUACAUAAAUAAUGUGUUAAAUAUUAGAUUUAGGCUGGAAUUUCCCUUUAAAGAGAGAUCUAGAUCACUUAGAAGCAUGAAUGUGAACCAUCCAGGUUGAAAAUGGAGUUGAGCAGUAAGGCUUGUAAUGUGACUGUAGCCCUAAAUGCCCGUGUUUCAGGCUGAAGUGCGGUUGUGUCUUGUAGCAGGCCAUUGCUCUGGUACAAAUAAUUUCACGUCUUCCAAAAGUCUCAGAAAUGCUGUUCUGCCCCCAUUCUUAUCCUGCUAAGGGCACUUUAACUCCUCUGGCCUCUGCAGACUGAUAAUGGGUGACCUCAGGUUUACACAAGUCAAAGUUUACACUCUUCCCAGGGUCUCUAUAUGCUCAACGCACAGGGCACUGUUAGCAGGGCUCGAGAUUGUGUGUGUGUGUGUGUGUGUGUGUGUGUGUGUGUGUGUGUGUGUGUGUGUGUGUGUGUGUGUAUGUGUGUGUGUGUGUGUGUUUGUGUGGUUGUUUGUUUGUGCGUGCAUGUGUGUGUGCUGGUAUAAUUUAGUACCCCCCAUUUUUCACAACAGGGUUUUAUCUCAGAGGAGAACACAGAUCUGGGACGUGUUCAAGAUGCAUGAAAUUCAUAAUUAGUUCAGUCCAGUGCAGUGUCUGCUUUAAUGUUAUUUUUCAUUAUCCUGAGUAUUUCGCCAUGCUUAAACGCCUUGCUGCCCCAAAAGAGAGAAUCCUUAUCCAAACAGAAUUUUAUCACUUAUGUUAACUCUGCUCGAGAGAGCCCACAUUUUUGUGUUACAGAGUUUUAUAUAACAACGAUCAAUUAUUUUACUGAUAUAGUCCCACACUGGAUGAAAGGAGCAUCUUAAUAGGGUUCAUAUCUUACAACUGGGAUUGGUGAUGGUAGACACGUGAUUGAACAAGUGGUCAGUUUGAGUGUUGUCAGUAUUGAUAUGUUCUAUUUGAAUGAUGAAUUUAAGAGAAAAAAAAAGUUGCACCUUGUGUUUGACCCCUGUUACAGACUGUGACCUUUCCACUGUCACAUUCCACUGAAUAGACCUCAAUAAACCAGCUAUCAAACCACACAGUGAACACAGAUACACAACUAUGCUUAAACCCAAGGUGCACUGACAAUCACAAAUCAAAACCUGAAUAAAAGAAAUGUUUCCAAAA